UCAGCUGUCGAUUGCUCCUCCCUGAGCUCAGAAGGCCCUGUCCUGUAGCAGUAGGUGUAGUGCAUUGUUGUACGAUAUUUCAUCCGAUUUUUACAAUUAUACGUCUACGUUACUAAUAAACAAUGGCAGACGAAGAAUUAGAAGCGAUAAGGCGACAGAGAAUGGCGCAGCUGCAGGCAAAGCACGGGGAAGGUCCAAAUAAUCAGCAAAGAGAAGAAGCCAAACAAAGGGACACAGAAAUGAGGAAUGCGGUUUUGGCUCAAGUUCUAGACCAGUCCGCCCGUGCAAGAUUGAGCAAUCUUGCAUUGGUCAAACCGGACAAGGCAAAAGCAGUUGAAAACUAUCUUUUUCAAAUGACUCGUUGUGGACAAUUAGGAGGAAAGAUUUCAGAAUCAGGCUUAAUUGAGAUCCUAGAAAAAGUCAGUCAGCAAACAGAGAAAAAGACGACUGUCACAUUCAACAGACGGAGGGUAAUGGACUCAGAUGAUGAGGAUGACUACUAACGUUCAACAGAAGCCCUGGAAUGAGCCAAGACUUCAGGAAUUUAUACACUUUUCUGGGACUCUGACAGGAUCUUUGACUGGUGUGUUGUUCUUAUCAAAAUACUGGUAUACCACACUAGCUUCUAUGUGUCUCUUGAAUUGGCACAUUUAAGACAGAAGAACAAGAACAUUAGGUUGAUAUUUUGAAAAGUUUGGAAAGCGUUAGAGAGCACACAGUGUUCAAGAAAGUUAUUUUUUGUUAUGUGCUACUCACAUUGCUACAAAUCUGUACAACGUGUGAUGUACUCCUGUUACCUGAUGCACUGUUUGACUCCUUGUUUCCACAACAGUUACUUUUUUUCCAUAGAUAUUAAGCUCUGAUCUUGAGAAACAUAAGAAGCUAGACAAAUAUAAAAUAUACUGUUGAAGGUGCAUCAUAUCUGGACUGCACUGUGAACACAAUUCCUUUCUUUAUUCAAAAGGUUCAUAUUUCAUGAGUUUGGGAUGUCAUAGUUAGAUUUUUUUUUUGGGGGGGGGGGCAACAAAAGUUUACAUGGAAGUAAAAUAAAAAUAAAAAGCCUUAAAUCCUUGCUAUUGUAGUGAACCAUUUCUACCAUGACUGAAUAUUCAACCUUCUCCAAAGUGUUUCAUGUGGGAUAUCAUGCAAAUAACUGUGUUGCCGAGAACACUUUGCAGCAUCAACAAAUGGUAACCUCACCGUCAUAAGAGAAUGGAUUAUAGGUUUAUGAUUGGACAACAGACUACAUUUUGUUGAAACAAUAAGUUCAAAAUUUGAAUAUAAUUUCAGAAGCUAGAGUUGACAAAUUGCCAAAUGUAUACAAGAACUUGGAAAUAAAAAUCGCGGAGGAGAAAUAUGCUUGUUUUUCUUCAUUAAAAAAAAAAAAAUCUAUGAAGUAGAUGACUGUUAUCUCCAGCAAUAUUUGAGCUAAUAAACUCUGUUAAAACAAACGACAUGUAGUGUUGAGCCUCAUCUAAAAAGACAAGAUCUGCCUGUGUGUGAGAGAAACAUUCUGCAAACAAACGUGUAAGUAGUUGAUUGAACAUUUGCUGCAAUGUUAAUGAUGGACUUACAAGUCUGCACAAGUGCUAAACAUGUAUCUUUAGUAUUGCCAGGUGACAGUGUGUCCCUAUGGUGCUUUGCAGUAUGCCAUUGUUUAGUGUGGCACUAUUUUCUGUUUAAUUCUCAUAAGGUUGUAGAACUAAUACAAUGUCUGUUUCAGUACCAAAUGUAAUGGCCAUGUGACUGAUAUUCAUGCCUACAAAGUGUGGACACAAAAUAAUGAUGUGUAUACAGUUUAUGUGUAUAUACUAAGUUUAUGCCAUACGUUCCUGGAAGUUGCUGAAGUAAUCGCCUUUGCAUCUAAUAGUUAUCAAAUGAAUAACCUCCGUCUGAAAAGCAGUAGGGUGGGUGAAUUAAGCUCUUUUUGUAUUAUUACCAUUGCCUGUUUAGGGGGAAAUGAGUCACAUUAAAUUUGAGUGUUG